AUGGAGGCCUACUUUCAGAACCGCCGUCUUCGCCGACAAGCAGAAGAAGACUUGGCCAACAGUCAAACCAACUCCGUGCGCAACACUACCUCAUCGCCCUCAUUGGGGUCAGACCUGGAGGCAGGAGUAUCAGAAAAGCCCGUCGUGCUCACAGAUGAUCCCCUUGUACCCGGCGUGACAGUUUCUCGGCCAGAUGGAGGCAAUGGUGAGGUGGUCUUUGUGGUUGGUUGGAGGGAAAACGACCCAAAUAACCCGCAGAAUUGGUCUCUGCUCCGAAAAUGGAUGGCCAUGUUAACCUGCUCUCUAAUUGCCAUCGCAAUGACAGUACCCUCCUCGGUAGAGGGUGCGACUCAGGACGCCUUUGAUGCCCACUUUGGUGUAAACGCCAUGGCUGGGUCGAUGACAACCGGGAUCUUCCUUAUUGGAGUUGGUGUAGGGUCGCUGUUCUCUGGUCCGUUCUCUGAAACUUUUGGCCGCAACAUCGUCUACUUCACUGCCCUGGUCGUCGUGAUACUGUUCCUCAUGGCCAAGGCACUAGCACCAAACUAUGGCGCUGCCCUCGCCUUCCGAUUUCUCUGUGCUCUCUUCGCAGCCACCCCAAUGACGGUGGCUGGUGGGACUGUCGGUGAUAUCUGGCGGCCAUUACAAAUUCCCUUUGGCCUGCCCUUGCUCACUAUCGCCGCCUACGCCGGUCCUAUCUUGGGUCCUGUGAUCGGUGCCUACACGCCCGAAAUUGGCUACGCGUGGGCCGACUGGAUAUCGAUGAUCAUUGCUGGUGUCGCUUUGGUGGUGGUUCUGCUUGCGCAACCUGAGACUUUCAGCCCGGUUCUGUUAGAAUGGCGUGCGAAACACCUGCGCGAGUUGACUGGUGACGACCGAUACCGCGCCGCCUCCGCUUCUGCCAACUCUCUGGGUCCCCGGCUGCUUCAAAAUGUGUCUCGGCCCUUUGUGAUGAUCUGGACUGAGCCCAUCAUUCUGAUUUUCAGCUUCUACCUGGUCUUGCUCUACUUUGUGCUGUUCACCUUCCUUAACGGCUAUCCCUUCAUAUUCGCCGAUGUGUACGGGAUCAGCACGAGCGUGACCUUUGUCAUCUUCGUCGCGAUGAUCCCGGGUAUCAUGGUCGCUCUGGCCAUGGUCCCUCUUGUAUACGGCAUGACAAAGAAGGCGGCGAGACAGGCGGAGGCGGAGGGUAAGGCUUUGCAACCAGAGGUAUCGCUUUACUGGGCGAUGGCGGGCGCAUCUAUCCUGAUGCCAAUUUCCCUCUUCUGGAUGGCUUGGACCUGCUAUUCCACUAUCAGUAUCUGGUCGCCAAUCGUGGCUUCCGCUGUCUUCGGCUGGGCGUUUGUUUGCAUCUUCACCACGACCUACAUGUACAUCAUUUUUGUGUACCUGCAAUAUGCAGCCUCGGCUCUGGGAUUCAUGACCUUCACGCGGUACAUCGUCGCUGGUGCCCUCAGUCCUGCCUCGGUCAAGAUGUACGAGAACAUCGGUCCCCAUUGGUCGGUGACGAUUGUCGGUAUUCUUGCAACUAUCAUGGCACCCGUUCCUUAUGUGUUAUAUAAGUAUGGUCACAAGGUUCGGGCCAUGAGCAAGAAUGCCGUCAACAAGGCGUAA